AUGCCGGCCCGAAUCCCUGUUCUCCCGGUGGCCGCUCUCUUCUUCCUCUGCCUAGCGGCCGGCGUGAGAGCGCAGGACUACGACAACAACGAGGCGAUCCAGCCGCCGCCCAAGGCGCAAGACAGUUGCAACGGCGUGUUCCUCACAUACAACUUCAUAUCGCGCACCAAGGAGUUCCCCCAUGUCAAGAACACCUCGGCGCAGUCAUGGGCGUUCAAGGCUCAGGCCACCAUCCUCAACACGAUGAUGUAUGAACUCGAGGACUGGAGCAUUUUCAUCGGCUUCCAGCACCAGGAGAUCCUCGUGUCUGUCGGCGGAGCUGUGAUCACAGACGGAACCGACUUCCCGGCGCACGUCGGGAAUGGCACGACACUGUCGGGAUACCCACAGACGGACCUAUUGACCUCGAUCGAGACGGCGGGGGACAUGUCGCAGAUCCAGGUGGUAGUGGAUAUAACGGGAACGCAGUUCGGGGUAAAGCCACCGGACACGCCCAUGCCUCACACGAUCAAACUGGAGAAUCCCGGCUACAAGUGCCCUGCGGUCACCAAGAAAAAGACGCAGAUGUUCGUGUGCUGCGUGAAAGACCCUAAAUUUAAGCCCAACAAGACGGACACCCACCACUUCCUCCCCCGGCGGUACGGCGACCUCACCUUCGCCUACGACGUGCUGCAGUCGUACGAUAGCAACUACAUGGCCCAAGUGACCAUCGACAUCAACAGCCCCCUCGGCCGCCUCGAUAACUGGAAUCUAACCUGGGAGUGGAAACGCGGCGAAUUCAUCUACAACAUGCGCGGCGCCUACACUCUCCGCAAGGACGGCUCCGAUUGCCUCUACGGCAAGGCCGCCAAAUACUACCAGGACUUCGACUUCUCCAAAGUCAUGAACUGCGAGACGAAGCCUACCAUCGUGGACCUGCCGCCGGAACGCUCCAAGGACAAGGACAUUGGCAACCUGCCUUACUGUUGUAAGAACGGCACUCUGCUCCCGCCCAUCAUGGACCCGUCGCAGUCCAAGGCCAUCUUCCAGGUGCAGGUCUACAAGCUCCCGCCUGACCUCAACCGCACCGCGUUCUACCCGCCAACGAACUGGAAGAUCCACGGCGUGCUGAACGCCGACUACGUCUGCGGCCCGCCAUUCCGAGUGAGCCCCAUGAAAUUCCCCGACCCCAGCGGCCUCAUGUCGGAGUCGGAAGCCAUCGCGAGUUGGCAGGUGGUGUGCAACGUCACCCGACCCAAGAAACACGCCUCCCGCUGCUGUGUCUCUUACUCCGCCUUCUACAACGACUCCGUCAUCCCUUGUGACACCUGCGCCUGCGGCUGCGACGACUCCAAGUCCUGCAACCACGACGGGCGCGCUCUGCUUCUGCCCCCGGAAGCUCUGCUCGUCCCCACCGAGAACCGCACCGCCAAGGCCAAGGCCUGGGCCAAGAUCAAACACUACCACCUCCCCCAGCAGCUGCCUUGCCCCGACAACUGCGGCGUCAGCAUCAACUGGCACAUCAUGUCCAACUUCGGCAAGGGGUGGACGGCCAGGAUCACCCUGUUCAAUUGGGAAGACUACAACUUCAAGGACUGGUUCGUGGCAUUGGAGAUGGACAAGGCGUACCUCGGCUACGAGAAGGCCUAUUCCUUCAACUCCACCAAGCUAAUAGGACCCGGCGCCAUCAACAAGACUUUCUUUCUCCAAGGAUUGGAGGGACUCAAUUACCUCAUCAGCGAAGCGGAAGGCAAGAACCCGGAGACCGACCCGAGAGUUCCUGGGAAACAGCAAUCCGUCAUUUCCUUCACCAAGAAGGAGACGCCAGGGAUCGACAUUGUGAAGGGUGGCGGGUUCCCCACCAGAGUUUACUUCAACGGAGAGGAAUGUGCGCUGCCGGAGAGGAUUCCGAGAGCAUUUGCAGUUCAUCAACAUAGUACCGUUAGCCCUUUGGUAGUGAUGCUACUUGCUGCCGUCGUCGCGCUUCUAUUGAUCUUGGAUUGAUGCUGUUGAUACAAUAGCUAGCUAGCCGUCGAGAGUCCGAUUUAGAACAAAGCAACACGAAGAAAUUAAACUAUAUAUGGCUUGAGCAGUGAGGAUCCUCUGUGCUCGGUGAG